AUGAUGCAAGCGUAUGGAUCAACGGAAAUGACUGGUGCCUGUCAUAUAACCAACAACAAUUCUUUGACAUAUGGACAUUGCGGAGUACCAUUGCACUCUAACCGAUUUUACCUUGAGGACUGGGAAGAAGGAGGUUACAGUGCAAAUGAUAAACCUAAUCCAAGAGGUGAAGUUGUGGUUGGCGGGGAGAACAUAAGUCUCGGAUACUACAAAAUGCCACAAGAAACUAAAGAGGCAUUUUUUGUCGACGAGCAGGGAACUAGAUGGUUUAGAAGUGGUGACAUUGCAGAGUUGCUUCCUGACGGAAAUUUGAAAAUAAUUGAUCGCCGAAAAGACCUCAUGAAGUUGGCCAAUGGAGAGUACGUCUCACUGGGAAAAAUUGAGUCUGGACUUCGUUCAUCUUCGCCGUACGUUGAGAACAUCUGCGUUUGUACAAACACCAACAGCAACUACGUCACGGCGAUCAUUUCGCCUAACCGGAAAGCUAUGGAUGAGCUAGUGAAAAAGUUAGAUUUGCCAUCCUCACUGUCUUUGGAGCAACUUUGCAAUCACCCAACAGUGGUAGAUCACAUUAAAACUUCCAUUGAAGAGACCUGCACUGAGUUGUCCUUUGCAAAGAAGGAGAUGCCAACGAAGAUUACACUGGUUUCCCAAGAAUGGACGCCUGAUAAUUUGNUUGAAGAGACCUGCACUGAGUUGUCCUUUGCAAAGAAGGAGAUGCCAACGAAGAUUACACUGGUUCCCCAAGAAUGGACGCCUGAUAAUUU